GGGAAUUCCAGAAGGAGCACGACAGGACCUGCAUGCAGUGUGACAAGUACUGCGAGCCGGGCAGCUGCGUGGACCACGAGGGCUGCAACCAGUGCAAGCCAGGCUACUACCGCAGCCGCCGCGACCUCUUCUGGCCGUUCCUGUGCGUCCAGUGCUCCGCAGUCAUUCCUGGGUGCGAGGUGUGCGAGGAUGGCGUGUUCGACCAGCAGCCACCCAUCUGCCUGGCCUGCUCCAACGGCAAGCCCCCAGUUGACGGAACGUGCCUGGCCUAA